AUGAGUGACAAGAACGCACGUAUUGCCAUUGUGAGCGCGGAUAAGUGUAAGCCCAAGAAAUGUCGUCAAGAGUGUAGACGUUCGUGUCCAGUAGUUAAAACAGGUAAGCUUUGUAUUGAAGUGACGCCUACUUCUAAGAUUGCAUUCAUUUCCGAGAUUCUUUGUAUUGGUUGUGGUAUCUGUGUGAAGAAAUGUCCGUUUGGAGCUAUUAACAUCAUCAACCUGCCUACAAACUUGGAGGCUCAUGUAACUCACCGUUACUCUGCUAACAGUUUCAAAUUGCACAGAUUACCAACUCCAAGACCUGGUCAGGUUCUGGGUUUAGUCGGUACUAACGGUAUCGGUAAGAGUACUGCUCUGAAGAUCUUGGCUGGUAAGCAAAAGCCUAACUUGGGUCGUUACGAUGAUCCCCCAGAGUGGCAAGAGAUUAUCAGAUAUUUCCGUGGUUCUGAGUUGCAGAACUAUUUUACCAAGAUGUUAGAAGAUAAUAUCAAAGCUAUCAUUAAACCACAAUAUGUGGAUAACAUCCCUCGUGCAAUCAAGGGUCCUAUACAGAAGGUCGGUGAGAUUUUAAAGUUAAGAAUGGAAAAGCCAGAGGAUUUGGUCAAAUACUACAUGAAGGUUCUGGAUUUGCAAAAUGUUAUGCAUAGAGAAAUUUCACAAUUGUCUGGUGGUGAACUGCAAAGAUUCGCUAUCGCGAUGUCCUGUGUUCAAGAAGCAGACGUUUACAUGUUCGACGAACCUUCUUCGUAUCUUGAUGUCAAGCAACGUUUAAAUGCGGCUCAGAUCAUUAGAUCUCUACUAGAACCAACCAAAUACGUUAUCUCUGUCGAGCACGAUUUGUCGGUCUUAGAUUAUCUAUCAGAUUUCGUCUGUAUCCUGUACGGUGUUCCAUCCGUUUACGGUGUGGUUACUUUGCCAGCGUCUGUUAGAGAAGGUAUCAAUAUUUUCCUUGACGGUCACAUUCCUUCUGAAAACUUGAGAUUCAGAACGGAAGCUUUACAAUUCAGAUUGUCAGAUGCUAAUGACGAUAUGAGAGACGAUGCUAGUCGUGCAUUUUCGUAUCCAUCCAUGAAGCGUACUCAAGGUGAUUUCGUACUGAACGUUGAGAAGGGUGAGUUCUCCGAUUCUGAAAUUUUGGUUAUGAUGGGUGAAAAUGGUACUGGUAAGACAACUUUGAUUAAACUAUUGGCCGGUGCAAUUGCCGCCGAUGACGGUCAAAAGGUUCCAAAAUUGAACGUGUCUAUGAAACCACAAAAGAUCGCGCCAAAGUUCCCAGGUACUGUGAGGCAAUUGUUCUUCAAGAAAAUUAGAGGUCAAUUCUUGAACCCUCAAUUUCAAACAGAUGUCGUUAAGCCUUUGAGGAUAGACGAUAUUAUCGACCAAGAAGUGCAGCAUUUGUCAGGUGGUGAAUUGCAAAGAGUCGCCAUCGUUUUAUCUCUGGGUCUACCUGCCGAUAUCUACCUGAUCGAUGAACCUUCCGCUUACUUGGAUUCCGAACAACGUAUUAUCUGUUCUAAAGUUAUCAGAAGAUUCAUCCUACACAACAAGAAGACCGCUUUCAUUGUCGAGCACGAUUUUAUCAUGGCCACUUAUCUGGCUGAUAAGGUCAUUGUCUUUGAUGGUGUUCCUUCUAAGAACGCUCACUCUGGUGCUCCAGAGCCCCUUCUAACCGGUUGUAACAGAUUCUUGAAGAAUUUGAACGUCACUUUCAGAAGAGAUCCUAACUCUUUCAGACCAAGAAUCAACAAAUUGGAUUCACAAAUGGACAAGGAACAAAAACUAUCCGGAAACUAUUUCUUCCUUGACAAUACUGGCGUUUGA